AGUGCCAUGCGUGUACACGGGAUGGUGAGUGUUGUCAUGGCCAGUGUCUGGGAAGCUGUACUGAACCGAACACUGAUACAUCCUGCGCUGCCUGUCUCCACUACUACCACGAGGGGCGCUGCGUUCCAGACUGUCCCCCCGACACCUAUAAGUUCGAAGGCUGGCGCUGCGUCACCCUGGACUUCUGCUCCCACGUCCACCUGUCCGACUACGACCGUUUCGUCAUUCACAGAAGAGAGUGCAUGUCUGACUGUCCUUCUGGAUUCAUGCGCAACAAGAGCAAGAGUAUGUUCUGCAGUGCGUGUGACGGGCUAUGUGAUAAGAUCUGUGAUGAGAAGGUCAUUGACUCCGUGGACGCGGCCCAGUCUCUGAAGGGAUGUACUGUCAUCAAGGGUAACCUCCAAAUCAACAUCCGCAGAGGACAGAACAUAGUGUCUGAGCUGGAGAGUUUCAUGGGAUUGAUCCAGACAGUGACGGGCUACGUGAGAAUCAGACACUCUCAGACGCUGGGCUCCCUGUCCUUCCUCAAGAGCCUCCGCUACAUCAAUGGAGAGGAACUGAUGGAUGACAUGUAUGCGUUCCAUGCAGUAGGCAAUCAGCACCUCCAGUCCCUGUGGGAUUGGACCCAGCACAACCUGACCAUCCGGGCCGGGAAACUGUUCUUCAGAUCCAACCCUAAACUCUGCAUGUCGGAGAUCCGGAAGAUGUGGCGGAGGACGGGCAUCACAGAGAAGUUUGAGGAGGACGAUUUCAGGAACAACGGAGACCGAGCUAGCUGUGAGAGUAAGGUCCUGCGGUUCAAGUCCAACAGUACGAUGUCUAACCGUAUCAAACUAACCUGGCAGCGCUACAGACCUCCAGACUAUAGAGACCUCAUCUCCUUCAUACUGUACUACAAGGAGGCGGCGUACCAGAACACCACAGAGUUUGACGGCCUGGACGGUUGUGGUUCUAACAGUUGGAACAUGGUGGAUGUGGACCUUCCCCAGGAGAAGAGUUCUGACCCGGGUGUUCUGCUGUCCCCUCUCAAGCCCUGGACCCAGUACGCCAUCUACGUCAAGGCCAUCACUCUGGUGGUAGAGGACAGACACAUCCUGGGAGCCAAGAGUGAAGUGGUUUACAUCAGAACCAGCCCCUCAGAGCCGUCCAUGCCCCUGGAUGUGAGAACGUACUCUAACUCCCAGACCAGCCUGGUUGUCCGCUGGUCUCCCCCUGCCUUCCCCAAUGGGAACCACACCUACUACCUGGUCCGCUGGCAGCAACAGGCUGAAGACCGAGAGCUGUACCAACACAACUACUGUUCUAAAGAACUGAAGGUCCCGGUCCGUAUAGCUGCUACAGGGUUGACUGACAUGGAGGAGGACCUGAAGCCUACUAAACCAGUGGUUGGUGGGGGGGACAAGGGGCCGUGCUGUCCCUGUCCUAAAUCUGUCGGGGACCUGGAGGCAGAGGCAGCCGACGCUUCAUACAGGAAAGUCUUCGAGAACUUCUUACACAACUCUAUCUUUACCCCCAGACCUCCAGACCGGCGCCGUCGAGAUCUAUUUGGCGUGGCUAACCGUACAGUCCACCGCGGUGUGACCACCUACCCUAACGCCACGUCACCUGACCUUUGGGCCAACGCUACAGAGGUAGAGUUAGCGGACAGGGAGUAUGACUUCGUAGAGUCGGCAGUCAACGAGCGGGAGCUCCAGAUAUCUGGUCUGCAGCCGUUCACGGUUUACCGGAUCGACAUCCACGCCUGUAACCAACAGGUGAAACGCUGCAGCGCGGCAGAGUUCAUCUUCUCCAGGACCAAACCUGCAGAGAAGGCAGAUGACAUCCCAGGCCCAGUGAUCUGGACCGGAGAGGAUGAUUCUGUGUUCCUCCGCUGGCCUGAACCCUCGUCCCCCAACGCACUCAUCCUCAUGUAUGAGAUCAAGUUCAGACUGGGCACUGAGUCAGAGAAGCACGAGUGUGUCUCUCGCCAGCUGUAUAGAGAGCAGCGUGGUGCCAGGCUCAGUAACCUCGGACCUGGUAACUACUCUGCCCGGGUCAGAGCCACCUCCCUGGCUGGCAACGGAUCCUGGACUGAACCCGUCUCCUUCUAUGUGGUACAGGCCCAACGUUAUGAGAACCAUCUCUACGUCAUGAUCUUUGUUCCCAUGGUAGCCGUCCUGAUCAUCUGUCUACUGGCCACGUUCACCAUCAUCAACAGGAAGAAGAACAGUGACAGACUGGGGAAUGGAGUUCUGUACGCAUCAGUCAACCCUGAAUACUUCAGCGCUGCAGAGAUGUAUGUACCAGAUGAAUGGGAGGUGCUGAGGGAGAAGAUCACGAUGAACAGAGAGCUGGGUCAGGGGUCGUUCGGCAUGGUGUACGAGGGCGUCGCUAAGGGAGUUGUCAAGGACGAGCCAGAGACGUGCGUGGCCAUAAAGACGGUGAACGAGUCGGCCAGCAUGAGAGAGAGAAUAGAGUUCCUCAAUGAAGCUUCCGUCAUGAAGGAGUUCAGCUGUCACCACGUGGUGCGUCUGCUGGGUGUGGUUUCGCAGGGCCAGCCCACCUUGGUUAUCAUGGAGCUGAUGACUAAAGGAGAUCUGAAGAGCCACCUGAGGUCACUACGGGCUAAAGACCCGUCCCAGUCCUACAGUCUCAACCUCCCACCUCUGAAGAAGAUUAUUCAGAUGGCUGGCGAGAUUGCGGACGGGAUGUCUUAUCUCAACGCUAACAAGUUUGUCCACAGAGACCUGGCCGCCAGGAACUGUAUGGUGGCAGACGACUACACCGUCAAGAUAGGUGAUUUUGGUAUGACCAGAGACAUCUAUGAGACAGACUACUACCGUAAAGGAGGAAAGGGGUUGCUGCCGGUCCGAUGGAUGUCCCCCGAGUCCCUUAAAGAUGGAGUGUUCACCACCACCUCCGAUGUCUGGUCUUUUGGGGUGGUGUUAUGGGAGAUCGCCACGCUAGCAGAGCAGCCCUACCAGGGGAUGUCCAACGAGCAGGUGCUGCGCUUCGUUAUGGACGGAGGACUGCUAGACAAACCAGACAACUGCCCUGACAUGCUGUUUGAGUUGAUGCGGAUGUGUUGGCAGUACAACCCUAAGAUGCGUCCGUCGUUUCUGGAGAUCAUUAACAGCAUCAAAGAGGAGCUGGAGCCACCGUUCAGAGAGAUGAGUUUCUUUUACAGCGAAGAGAACAAGCUUCCAGACACAGAGGAGUCAGACAUGGAGGUAGAAAACAUGAACAAUGUCCCUUUAGGUCCCGCUGCCUCUUCACGCCCCCCAUCCCCUGUCCCCCCACCACCUCCGGCCCUCGGGGCCGCCAGCCAGGCCUGCUGCUCCCCAGUGGCCCCUGGCCCCUCCUCGGCACAGAGCUCAGGGGCCUCAGGACAGGUGGCGUCCAACGGCCCCGAGGUGGUCGCCCAGGUCCUGCUGCGACCAGCCUUCAAUGACUCACCGCCCUACGCACACAUGAACGGAGUGAGGAAGAAGGAACGUGCCAUGCCCCUCCCACAGUCCUCGGCCUGCUGAUCCUAGUGGACCCCCCCUCUUUUCUAAAGAGUUUGAUGAACUUCUCUGUAGUGGACCCCCCUCUCCAUCCCUCAUCUCUGAUGGACUUCUCUGUGGUGGACCCCCCUCUCCAUCCCUCAUCUCUGAUGGACUCCUCUGUAGUGGACCCCUCUCCAUCCCUCAUCUCUGAUGGACCCCUCUGUAGUGGAUCCCCCUCUCCAUCCCUCAUCUCUGAUGGACUCCUCUGUGGUGGACCCCUCUCCAUCCCUCAUCUCUGAUGGACUCCUCCGUGGUGGACCCCCCUCUCCAUCCCUCAUCUCUGAUGGACUCCUCUGUAGUGGACCACUCUGUGGUGGACCCCUCUCCAUCCCUCAUCUCUGAUGGACCCCUCUGUGGUGGACCCCUCUGUGGUGGACCCCUCUGUGGUGGACUCCUACUUUUUCAUUCUGUUAUUGUAUUGACAUUUCUAUCAGCUGCCUGAUAUAAAGCACCUCCUGCUGGGAGGACCCUGGACCACGACCUGAACAACGGUGGUUUAAGAUGUAUUCCUUUUAGGCCCAGCUACCUUUAUAUAUAAAACACAAGUCCGUUGUUCAGGAAGGUUUCUGGUUACCGUUAUCAGUCAAAGGUUUGGGGACACCUACUCAUUCAAGGGUUUUUCUUUAAUGUUUACUAUUUUCUACAUUGUAGAAUAAUAGUGAAGACAUAAACUAUGGAAUUACACACAUGGAAUCACGUAGUA